GGGAUGGACUUAGCUGGGCUUUGGAGUGGGAGCCAGGGAAUCUCUUUAAAAGCCAGUGGAAUCGGGGAGGGAGCUGCUCCUGAGCUUAGCUUGUGACUACCCAACCAGACUGAAAAUGUUUCGGCUUUUCAGCAACACUAAGCGCUGCUUGAAGGUGAAACGGGCAUUGCAGAGGCCACUAUGGCCAGUCCAUUUUCCAGCAAUGGUGCAGCAGACCAGAUUCUCAAUAGAUUCCGUGCAUCACCAGACCCAGUCUGUCUCCUCAUGGCCCAAGGAUGUGGGGAUCCUUGCUCUGGAAGUAUAUUUCCCUUCCCAGUAUGUAGACCAGGUUGAACUGGAGAAAUAUGAUGGGGUAGAGGCAGGGAAAUACACAGUGGGACUAGGCCAGAAACAGAUGGGUUUCUGUGCAGCCCAUGAGGACAUCAACUCCUUGUGCAUGACUGUGGUACAACGUCUGGUAGAGCGAAGCCAUCUUUCCUGGGAUUCUAUUGGUCGGCUGGAGGUUGGCACAGAGACUAUCAUUGACAAGUCCAAGGCUGUCAAGACAGUUCUGAUGCAGCUCUUUGAAGAUUCGGGAAACACAGACAUCGAGGGCAUCGACACUACCAAUGCCUGCUAUGGAGGCACAGCCUCCCUCUUCAAUGCAGCUGACUGGGUGGAGUCCAGCUCCUGGGAUGGACGCUAUGCCUUAGUGGUUUGUGGUGAUAUUGCUGUCUAUGCCACUGGAAAUGCAAGGCCAACAGGUGGAGCAGGAGCUGUAGCUAUGCUGGUUGGACCAGAUGCCCCGCUGACUUUAGAGAGAGGUCUCCGUGGGACCCACAUGGAACAUGUCUAUGACUUCUAUAAGCCAGACUUGGCUUCAGAGUAUCCUGUGGUGGAUGGGCAGCUCUCCAUUCAAUGCUACUUCCGAGCCCUAGAUCGGUGCUAUGCUACAUACCGCAAAAAGAUCGAAAACCAAUGGCAGAAAGCUGGAGUAAACAAGCACUGUACUCUUGAAGACUUCCAGUUCAUGAUCUUCCACACACCCUUCUGUAAACUGGUGCAGAAGUCCCUGGCACGAGUGUUGCUGAAUGACUUCCUUGCUUCUCGUGAGCCUAAUACUGAGAGUGGAAUCUACAAGGGGCUAAAGGAAUUCAGCAAUGUGAAGUUGGAAGAAACCUACUCCAGCAAGGAGGUGGACAAAGCUUUUCAGAAGGCCAGCCAAGAGCUGUUCAGGCAGAAAACUCAGCCCUCCCUUUUCCUCUCUGCUCGCAACGGCAACAUGUACACGCCAUCCGUGUAUGGCUGCCUUGCAUCUCUCCUGGCACAGUACCCUGCCCAACAGCUGGCUGGCUCCAGAAUUGGUGUCUUCUCCUAUGGCUCUGGACUAUCAGCCAGCAUGUUCUCCCUGAAGGUGUCCCAGAAUUCUGCUCAAGGCUCACCUCUGGAAAAACUGGUAAACAACCUUUCAGAUCUGGAGGCUCGGUUGGACUCCCGGAAAUGUGUUCCCCCUGAGAAAUUUGCUGAGAUCAUGAAAGUCAGAGAGGACACACAUCAUUUGGUGGACCACACUCCCCAUGGGUCCAAGGAUGAGCUGUUCCCAGGAACUUGGUACUUAGAGCGGGUGGAUGACAAGAACCGCAGGAAGUAUGCACGAAGACCAAACUAGGAGAGAACAGAGCUGCCACUAAGAGGGCUUUCCUGGGUUUCCAAGCCUCAUGGGCAGAGACCGAAGCAAUGGAUUAACUGUCAGGAAGCACAGUAAACCAACUCCCCUCUCUGCACUUCUGAAGUUGGCUGCUGGGUCCCAGUCACACAACACUGUUUUUAUCUAUGUUGCUGACAGGGAUCUAUUUUAUCCCUGCCUUUGCACCCCACGGCUUGUGCCAUUGAUGGAUUUGCCUUGUGUGUCUUGUGUCUGUUCGCUUUUGCUGGAGUCAUUUGUUUCUUCCUUGAGCGCCUGUUUGGAUUGUAUACUUUGCUGGUGUAUGAAAGAUUUGUUUGAAUGUAACAAGUAUAUUAAAACAGAUGCCCAAGGGGCAUUCCUA